CACUUGGUAGGUUCCAAUGUCCUCUGAAGCCCAAUGAGCGAGAGAAGCUGAAGGCUAGGAAACAUGGUGAACUUUGCUGCCCUGAUGCGUGACCAUUGGGUGAACAUAUUUGUCCCCCUUGGCUUUGUGAUUGGGAUCUACAUGGACAGAGCACAGGACCAGAAGCUGACUGCUUUCAGGAACAAAAGUGCAUUGUACAGCAGGGAGCUGAAGCCAGGUGAGGAAGUCACCUGGAAGUAGACCCACCCGUCACCUGGAAUAUUUGUGCCCCAAGUCACAUCUCCUGUUGUCUGGAUGGUUUUCAAACCAAGUACGCCAUUAAGAAGUUUCCGUAACUGUAUCUUUGUGGGUUGUAUUGACUAAUAAACAUGUCCCUUUGUCAGCUAGUGAA